AUGAACCAUAUUGAUAGAUUCACAGUCACGGUCAGCGCGAAUGAGGCUGUGCAUAUUUCGAUUGUCCAACCUGGAACGGAUGACCAGCUCAGUACGCGACACAACUUCCAUCCCGAGUUCACAUAUCCCAUUGUCGGCGAGGCCGAACAGAUCUUCGGCUAUAAAGGUCUAGAUGUUGAGAUUCAGUUUGCAGCGCACAACCUACAGCCGCAUAUCAACAUCUCAUAUGAGAAGAAGUUCGAGACCGUCGGCGCAACAAGCGCGCUCGAUUUGAACCAAAAGUUCAGCGAUUUCCUACCACCCACGGCUUUCGAGCGAGGAUUCGAGUCGCUGGUGCAGAACGACCCAGACGCAGCAGCAUGGACACCGCCCGGCGAGUGCGUCAAGAGGUACACAAGAGGUGGUGAGAACUACGAAGUCUGGGCUGGCUCGUUGCUCGAGAUGCCCAUGCGAACACUGGUCGACAACAUCCAGAUCUUGAUUGUCUUCUUCAUUGAGGGCGGACAGUUCAUCAACCUUGAGGAUGUGGAUUGGACCCUAGAUAGAUGGAGAGUCUAUCUCACAUAUCACAAGGCAUCGAAAUCGCCUACACCUCACGCGUCUCCAUACUCUUUCGUUGGUUAUGCGACAACCUACCGCUUUUACAAAUUCCAAAAACCAGCCAAGGGCCAUGUCCCCAUCUCCUUUCCGUUCUCAGAAGCAAUCACACCCAACAAGCUCUCUUCGCGCCUUCGGAUAUCACAGUUCUUGAUCACUCCACCCUAUCAGAGCUCUGGUCAUGGCUCGGCACUUUACCAGGCAAUCUACGAUGAGGCGAUGGCCGAUCCCACCAUCUUGGAACUGACAGUCGAGGAUCCGAGUGAAGAAUUCGACAAGUUGCGCGACAUGAAUGAUUACGAGACUCUGAGACCACAGUUCGAAGCCGCUGACAUCAAGAUCGACUCUUCCCCCUUCACCAGCCUGGAGCGCGGUCGGCUGAAGAGGAUACCAACCACAAAACUCCUUCCUCUUGACCAGCUACAAGAGAUUCGGACCAAGAACAAGAUCGCAAGUCGUCAAUUCGCCCGCAUGGUUGAGAUGUAUCUUCUCGCACAGAUACCAUACUCGAGACGAGCGGCAGGGGGUGCAUCACUCACUAGUCUCAAGGUCCGAGGUGCUAGGAAUCCCAAUGCCGAUGACCGAGCGUAUUACUGGUGGCGGCUGUUGCUGAAACAGCGCAUUGUAAAAAAGAACAAAGAUGUGCUCAUGCAAAUCCCGCUGGAAGACCGACACCCACAGAUCGAGGACAGUGCUCGUGGUCAGGAAGAUGAGUACGAGGGUCUCAUAAUGAUGUAUGCCCUGAGAAAAGACAAGGAGGCGCAUCGGCAUGGGAAUGGAGCCUCUUCGUCUUCGACAGCCCGAAAGAGGAAAGUUAUCGAUGAUGAGGAGGACGAGGAGGACGACGAAGCGCUGAAUGGCGAUGACUCCGCAUCCAAGAAGGCUAAACUUGGAUCCUAG